AUGCAAGCGGUAACAAAACUUUUUGUGGUUUUUAUAUUUGUAUUCAUAUUAUGGACACUAUACGUAGAAAAUCAAAUAACUGCUAGGUCCCGUAACACGGACAAUAUCGAUGAUUUGUUGGAGUCGGCCACAAGAUUAGAGAGAUUAUUAGCAUAUGAAGCAAAGAAAAUCAAAGAAUUGACGGAAGAUGUACACCAGCUCAAUGCACGGAGGAGGUCGGGAAAAAUGGUCAUGGAGGAGAUGGUGUCACCCGAACUGAAGUACUGGAAAGAUCCGAUUCCUGUCUUGGUAUUCUCAUGCAAUCGUGCGCAAGCAGUGAGAGAUCAUGUGCAGAAACUAAUAAAGUAUCGACCAAGCCAAGAGAGAUUCCCAAUCAUUGUAUCCCAGGACUGUGACAAUGACAACGUUAAGAACGAAGUGAUGAAUUUCGGAGACAAGGUUCAGUAUAUCAAGCAUUUGGCCGGCGAUAAGGCAAACAUCACAAUUCCACCGAGUCAUAGACAGUACACUGCCUAUUAUCGAAUUGCACGUCACUACAAGUUGGCUCUUAACCACGUCUUUGUUGAUAAGGGAUACUCGUCGGUAAUCAUCACAGAAGAUGACCUCGACAUCGCCCCGGACUUCUUCUCAUAUUUCUCAAGUACUCGUUACUUGUUAGAGAACGACGACAAUUUGUGGUGUGUGACGGCGUGGAAUGACAAUGGAAAACUCGAGAAUAUUGAUGUGAACGCAGCAUCCAAAUUGUACCGAAGUGAUUUCUUCGCUGGUCUCGGGUGGAUGAUGUCAUCAAAAACAUGGAACGAGCUUGAACCAAUUUGGCCUGUUGGAUUUUGGGAUGACUGGAUGAGAGACCCUCUUCGUCGGAAAAACAGACAAUGCAUCCGCCCAGAAGUCAGUCGAACUGGUAUGAUGUCUUAUGGAAAGGAAGGUGCCAGCAAAGGCCAGUUCUUCAGUAAACACCUCAUCAAAAUUAAAGUAAAUGACAAGUACACCGACUUUGGAAAGAUUAAUCUGGAUUAUCUGCUACCGGGUAACUUUGCGAAAAAGACACAUAUCGAAGUGAAGAAAGAAGCCAUUGAAAUGAGAAUUGAUGAUGUGGCUUCUUUUGUGUUGAAGCCAGAGAACAAAGGAAAAAGUGUCAGAGUUAUAUACGAUGGCAACGUGGAUUAUAUCCAAAAAGCGGACAAACUUCACGUUAUGCACGAUUUCAAAGCAGGUGUACCAAGAACUGCCUACGAUGGAAUUGUCACUUGCUUCAUUAACGGAAUCCGUAUCUAUCUGGUACCCGACCGAACCAAGGUGCCAGGGUACAAUCCAGACUGGGCUGUACCACCGUCUUUUGGGGAGUAA